AUGCAAAGAGACGAGCAGGAGUACGAGUACCUGUACAAAAUUGUCCUUAUAGGGGACAGCGGAGUUGGAAAAACAAACCUGCUGGAGCGGCUGGCGCACAACAGAUUCAACACCAGCACAAAGUCAACGAUUGGCGUGGAGUUUGACACAAAGUGCUUCCUUGUGGACGGAAAAAAAAUAAAGGCGCAAAUCUGGGACACUGCAGGCCAGGAGCGAUACCGAGCCAUCACGUCCGCAUACUACAGAGGCGCAGUUGGCGCAAUUGUUGUUUACGACAUAACCCGGCGAGACUCCUUCGACAACGCAACCAGCCAGUGGAUAAAGCAGCUGAAGGACAACUCCGAGACAGGCCUUGUCAUUUCCCUGGUUGGCAACAAAACGGACUUGGGGGAAAAGCGGAAAGUCACGCUCCAGGAGGCGCGAGAGGCUGCACAGAUCGGAAACUACCAGCUCACAGAGACGUCAGCGCUCUCCGACGUGAACGUCCAGGAGGCAUUCCAGUCCCUCGUGGAGAAAAUAUACAGGACGCGCGCCAUGGACCGGCAGAGUGGAAGCCGUGCAAACAUCGUGAAUCUAGAGGACGACUCUUCUCUGAAGAAAACAAGUCACUGGUGCUGCUAA